AUGCAAGAAUCGACCCUGGCCAACUUGAUUUUCUUUGACGAAAGAUACGAUGAUGGAGUUUCAGUGUCGCAAGAUGAACUCAAUCGCCAGAGGCAGAUGCAGCGCGAGCUUGGCAAACUCCAGUUCGUGAAUCCUGGUGGUCUAAUGACGCAGCCAACGAAUACACGUCGUUCAAGACGUAAGAUAAAUGCUCGAGCUGUUGCAGAAGAUAAAGAAUCCACCCAAGAAAAGCGUCAUAUCUUUCAUGACAAAAAAGGAAAACUUGUAGUUCCUGGUGAAGAAAGCAUGACUUUAUGUGAUUGCUUGAUUCCAGAAUGUCAUGGUUGUCACUGGCCAUGUGGGAAUUGUGGAGGUUUGUUUACUGGAUAUUUUGACGGUUAUUUUUCUCAUUCGUUUUGCAUUUAG